UAUAAGUCGAUUCGAUCAACAACAAAGACAUUGGGAACAAAUCUCACCAUGAGGCCUUUCCAAGCUCUCUCUCUUCUCGCCAUCCUCCUCGCAUCGUCCAGCUCGUCGGGCGCUUCCGUUUUAGAGGACGCGUGCAAGUCCAUCGCCGCCACCAACAAGGGCAUCGGCUACGACUACUGCAUCAAGUUCUUCCAAGCCAGCAAGAAGAGCUCCACGGCGGACAUCCGUGGCCUCGCGCUCAUCGCCGUGAAGAUCACCGGAGCAACGGCCGCGAGCACCGUCAAGCGCAUCCACGCCCUCAAGGCCUCGGACAAGGACAAGAAGACGCGCGAGGGCCUCUCCGAUUGCGCUGACGUGUACUCCCAGGCCGUGGACGAGCUCCGCGCGGCGGCGAAGGGCAUCGCGUCGGGCGUACCCCGGGGCUUGCGGGACGCCGCGACGAAUCUCAGCGCCGCCAUGGGCGCCCCCGGGACCUGCGAGGAAGGGUUCGGCGAGCUAGGCGUGAAGUCGCCGCUCACCGCCGAGAACUCCGAGUUCUUCAAGGAGGCCACCCUCGCCCUCUCUGUAACGAGCGAGCUCUCUAGCUAGCCCCCCGCGCCGAUCGAGGACUGAAUUGAACAGCUUAAGGAGCCUAGAACCGUUUGGAAUAAUAAUUCCAUGGAGUUCUGUAAUUAAGCCGCAAUUUUAGAUCAAUGUACGUUUGGGCGCAGUUUUUUUCUCUCU